AUGCCUCAAGAAGUGCAGUUAGCUAGUCAACAAGGACAAAUCUCUGCGGACGACAAGUUAACGGCCAUCACGAAUAGAAAUAAAACAGUAGAGAAAAAACAGACGAGAACCGACGAACCCCAAAAAUCACUUAAACGAACUGCGCCAAGUGACAUGGUUGGGCAAGGCGACGCAAAGCGUAAAGCAACUCAGGGGUCAAAAAAACCAGUAGAUAAAUUAGUCGACGGAGCAACCUUAAGAGGAUCCGACCCGAACUUUAUUGCGGCAAACGCAGUAACUUUAUUGUCAACAGUAGCCACAGUUCAAGCAGUUGAUAAUUCUCACCAUUUCGCAGAAAAUUUGUCCGCCGCUGCAUCCUUAGCAAAUUCGGUGAGCUCACCGAUUGCGGUUGCUCCUUUGUCUUCCAGUCAGCAAACCGGUAUUUCAGGAAUGACGCCCAACGCCAACAUGGUAGAAUUUUUGAAUAAUGCCACAGCCGCUCAAGUACAAGCUCAGGCGCAAGGUCAGAUUCAAGAAGCCAAUUCUACUGGAAAGCGUAGCUCCACUUCUCGUAAUCUUUCGAACGACGAACGAAGGCAACGGCGUCUCUUGCGUAACCGAGUUGCCGCCAAAGAAUGCCGCCGUAAGAAGAAAGCUUAUGUCGCAGAUCUUGAGGAAAAAGUCACACGUCUUGAAGAAGAAAAUAUUCGACUCCAAAAGGAAGUUGAAGAGUUAAGCUCCAAGACAAGUCAAAUUGAGGAAUACGCUCGUUUACAAAAAGAAGUAGAAGAGCUGAAGACCAAAUUAGCAUUAUGCACGGGUCAAGCGGAUGUUAAAAAAGAGUUAAAGGCGAAUCCCAAGGGUGAUACAAAUAAAAAUGAUUCAACCGAGUCAAAGUUGCUUUCUCUAAAAUCCUAA